AUGGAGAAGCAAUCACGCAGGCCGUUAUGGUAUUUAUUUCUUAACAAAUAUUCACGAUUAGCUUUGUAUCAAAGACCAAAAUCUGGAACAAUUGCUGUAUUCGGUUUUCUGAUUAUUGUACCUGUAUUAGUAUUUAGUAUUGGUGCCUAUCCAUUGUUAAAUAAAGAACAAUUCAAAGGAAUGAAAAGACGGAAUGUCAACAGUGCUAUGGAAUGUGAUGAUGGCCCAGAGAAAAGCAUGGACGUGGAACACCAAGAGCGCUCAAAUGAAUGUCAUCGUAAUCUUUAUGAUUUAGACGAGUUUAGCCUGGAUUCGGAAAUCAUCGAUUUAAAUCAGUGCCGUGUCAAUUUCAUCCCUGAUUUUUCAAGAUUUAAGAAACUAAAGGAGCUCUGCUUACGAAAUAAUUUGUUGGGAUCUCUAAACGAAAAUAUCGUUAUUGAAACUCUCACACAACUCGAUUUAUACGAUAAUCAAAUUGAGGUGAUAACUGGCCUUGAUAGACUACAAAAUCUUGAAGUCCUGGAUCUUAGUUAUAAUCGUAUCAGAAAAAUCGAAGGUUUAUCAAAUUUGCUUAAUCUGAAGCGUAUUUAUUUGGUGCAUAAUAAGAUAAACGAAAUCAGUGGCUUGGAGUCGCUUACAAAACUUGAAGUUCUUGAGCUUGGGGAUAACCGAAUCAAAAAACUGGAGAACAUUGGGCAUCUGACAUACCUUCGGGAAUUGUACCUUGGGAAGAACAAACUUCGCAAAUUAGAAAAUUUGGAAGACUUGAGAAAUCUCACUUUGCUCAGUGUUCCAGCUAAUCGUUUAACAGAGUUGAGCGGGAUUUCUAUGCUUACUGAGCUUACCGAACUUCACAUCAGUGAUCAAGGCAUUGAAUACUUCACUGACCUGACGCAUCUGAAAAAGCUUACAAUAAUCGACGCUGCAAAUAAUAAAAUAGCUAAAUUAGAUGGUCUUAAUCAUUUGGAUCAUCUAGAAGAUAUAUGGCUUAACGAUAAUCAAAUAUCAGACUGGAAUGAAUUAGCCAAACUCUCUAACAUGCCUGCCCUGCGUACUAUUUAUAUUGAAAGAAAUCCAAUCUAUACAAAGGACCCAAGUACUUACCGACGAAAAGUAAUGCUAUGUUUACCUCAGGUUACGCAAAUCGAUGCUACUUUUUGUCGUUAA